AAUCACUCAGCCCGGCGAUCAGUAGGCACAUCCUGGCAUUGUCCCGCUGGGUUGUGUUUGAUGGUGUCAGUCUGCAGGCACCAUGUUGUGGACAGAAUGAUAUUCCUUCUUGACAUAACCUGGCCCUUCAGGGAAACCCCGCUAGAACUGGGCGGGGGGUACGGUCAGUGCUAUAAAACAGUGCGUCCGCCGUCGCUGCAGAACUUUUUGUCCUCACCCAAAGAAGCGGUUCUUGACCAUUGCAAUACUUCUUGGCUAUGUAAAGUUUACAUGUGGAUUUCCUCAUUGCUCUGAUCUUUAUUCUUCCGCUCUGGCACCUGGAAUGAUGGAGGUGCGCAUGAGGAGGUAUCUGCGAGAGUUUUUUGUUUUCCUGCAGCUUACAGCUUGUGUGGCAGGCGCUGGCAGAUGCAGCCUUUUCGGACGACAUUAUAUCCACACCUUUGAUGGAGUUAUUUAUGAGUUUCCUGGAGACUGCAGCUACCUUCUGGCCGGAGACUGCAACCAUCGCUCCUUCACACUACUGGGUGACUUUCAAAAUGGCAAAAGAACAGGGAUCACAUUGUUUCUGGGUGAUGCCUUCGAGUUGCACCUAUCUGUAAAUGGGCAGCUUUCACAAGGAGGAAAAAGAUUGUCUCUUCCCUACGCGUCUCAUUCUGUGUUUGCGGGCUCAGAACUUGGGUUUUUUAAACUCUGGAGUGAAGAGUUUGGCUUCACAGUCACCAUUGAUAAUGCUGCCAACAUUGCCCUGACUCUUGCCAAACGCCACUACAAUGGCACCUGCGGCCUCUGCGGCAACUUCAAUGCAGUCCCAGAUGAUGAAUAUAUUGCUCAGGAAGGGUUUCUCACAGAGGACAGUUAUGAUUUUGCCAACUCCUGGGCCGUGAAGGGUGCUGACCAGGCUUGUCGGCGUGUAUCCGAUCCCACCCAAUCCUGUAACAGCACAAAAGGGACCGCAGCGGUUUUGUCCAGCUGCAGUGUGCUGCAGAGCUCCAGCGUGUUUCUCCACUGCUCCCACCUGGUCUCGCCCGAUGCGUUCCUGUCCCUGUGUCAGGCAGAGGCCUGCAAAUGUGAGCAGAAAAAUGCAGAAGACUGCUCCUGUCCCUUCCUCCUGGAGUACGCUCGCACAUGCCACGCUCAUGGGAUGCUUCUGCGUGGCUGGGUGGAGGAGAGCCAGUGCUUUCCCAAGUGUCCGGUUGGCAUGCAGUACAGUGAAUGCAGCAAGUCCUGUUCUACAACCUGCCAUAGUCUCAACAUACAGGAGGUCUGUAAGGAGGAAUGUGCGGAUGGCUGUACAUGCCCCACUGGAAAGGUUUUGGAUGGGAAUCGCUGUGUGGAGGUAUCUCAGUGUUCCUGCACUCACAUGGGACGGCAUUUCCCUCCAGGAUCUACCAUCUCCCAGGACUGCAAUACAUGUGUGUGCCGCCACGGGUCCUGGGAAUGCACCAAUGAAGGCUGCCCCGGGGAGUGCUUGGUUGUCGGCCAGUCUCACUUCAAGACCUUUGACAACAAGUUUUUCACCUUCGCCGGCCACUGUCAGUAUCUCCUGGCAAAGGACUGCACGAAUAGCAUGUUUUCUGUCAUAAUUGAGAACGUGCAGUGUGCAGACGAUCAGGAUGCUGUGUGCACACGCUCCGUGACGCUCAGCCUGCCCUCCCUGGAGAACAUGACAGUGAAGCUGAAGCAUGGAGGAGUUGUGUAUGUCAACAGCAUGGCAAUCCAGACCCCAAUGAAUCAUGGCCACCUGCAGAUUGCGAGAUCAGUCCAGUCUUCUGUACGAGUAAAGUUCGGUGAUCACCUCCGUCUGGACUGGGACGGUCGCGGCCGUGUUCUUCUGAAGCUGGGACCACGAUGGGCCGGGCAGACCUGUGGUCUCUGUGGGAACUACAACGGGAACCACGGUGAUGACUUCUUGUCUGGUUCUGGACUGGUCGACGCCAGCCCCUGGGCUUUCGGCCAAGCCUGGAGGAUCAAUGGAGACUGUGAAUCCGCUCACAAGCAUGACUCUGAUCCAUGCGCAACCAACCCCAAAAGAGUGCGUUUCGCAGAAGAGGCGUGUGCAGUGAUCAUGUCAGACGUGUUCGGCCCGUGCCAUUUUCUGGUGAAUCUGGCUCCAUUCCAGCGGUUCUGUCGGUACGACGUGUGCGCCUGUGACGACGGUGAGCAGUGCCUCUGCUCCGCUCUGUCUGCUUAUGCAGCUGUCUGCUCUGCGAGAGGAGUGCUGCUCAACUGGAGAUCCCCUUCACUCUGCGAGAUGGAGUGCCCUGGAGGCCAGGUGUACGAGGCCUGUGGGAGUACAUGUGAGCGAACGUGCAGCUCUCUCUCUGGCGCCGAGCCGGGCUGUGAGGGGGGGAGGGCGUGUGAGGAGGGCUGCUUCUGUCCUGCUGGGAAAUACCUCAGCGCCUCUGGAGAGUGCGUGACUGCCGACAUGUGCUCCUGCCUGCACGACGGACAGCUUUAUCAGCCUAAUGACGUCUAUGCAGAUCACAACAGCAUUUGCUACUGCGAGAACGGCGCUAUGCGUUGCAGCUCCACGGAGACGCCGUCGUUUCUUUCUGACCUCUUCUAUGAUGACGACAUAGUGCCAUCCAGAGAGCGGCGGUCGGCCCAGUGCCCUCCUCCUCUCGUUCGUGCAGACUGUAACUCGGGUGAAAGGGGGCUGGAGUGUGCCAGAACCUGCCAGAAUCUGGACCUGCCGUGCGUCAGCCUCGCCUGCAUCCCCGGCUGCCUCUGUCCGCAAGGCACGGUACGACACCGCAGGGACUGCAUCCCGGCAGAGCAGUGUCCCUGUUACCAUAACAACAGGCCGUACGCGGCGGGACGGAGCAUCACCGUUGACUGCAACACCUGCGUGUGUGAAAACAGGAAGUGGCGCUGCACUCAGAAGCUGUGCGAUGGUGUGUGCCGCACGGUGGGGGAGGGCCAUUACAUCACGUUUGAUGGCCUCAAGUACUCCUUCCCUGGCCUGUGCCAAUAUGUCCUGGUCCAGGAUAUGUGCCACGCAGAAGAAGGCUCCUUCAGAGUGCUGGUGGAGAACGAGGCGUGUGGGACUGUAGGGCAUCGCUGUGCAAAAGCCGUAACGAUCUUCUACCAGGGCGGCUUGAUUGUGAUGCAGCAUGGAGAGGUGACGAUGAAGAAGCCUGUGCUGCAGAGUUCGCAGGUGGAGAUCGUCAGAUCCGGUCAGUUUUACACCAUCAUGUUGGGGAAAGACAUCUCAGUCAGCUGGGACAGAGGGACUCGCCUCCUCGUUCACAUCUCAGCUUCCUACAGGGGCAGGGUUUGUGGCCUGUGUGGGAACUUUGACGGGAAUGUCAACAAUGAUCUGAUGAGCAGCAACAACCAGCUGGAGGUGGAUGCCUCACACUUUGGCAACUCCUGGAAGGUCAUUCCCAGCUGCGCUGACGUAACUGAGAUACCAGCUCCUUGCAGUGACAACAUUGUAAAACUGGUUACAGUGGAGCAGUCGUGUCGUGUGAUCACCGGUCCCCUCUUCAAAGAAUGCACCAGCCAGGUGGAUGCAGAGCCGUACGUAGAGAUGUGUGUGGAGGCAGCGUGCUCGUGCUCGUCGGUGGGGGAUUGCGCAUGUUUCUGUGAUGCCAUCGCGGCGUACGCGCAGGCCUGCGCGGAGAAGGGGGUGUCUGUCACGUGGAGAUCCAACGAUCUUUGCCCAAUGAGCUGUGAAGAGCUGAACCCUAAGAUCCCAGGCACAGGGGAGGAGUUGUGCCAGUGGAGGUAUAACACCUGCGCACCUGCCUGUCCAAUCACCUGCCAGCACCCGGAGCCCCUCCACUGUUCACUGACGUGUGUGGAAGGCUGUCACGCUCACUGCCCACCAGGUCAACUUCUGGAUGAGGUGGAAAUGCGAUGCGUAGAUCCUUCCCAGUGUCAGGUGUGUAUCCACGAGGGUCAGAGGAUAUCCCACGGGAACAAGGUCAUCCUGAACCAUGAUGACCCAACCCACUGCAAGAUAUGCCACUGUGAGAACAACGUUCUCAGCUGUGAAGACUGCACCGCCCUCGCCCUCUUGUCCACUCCCACACCAACAACGGCUUUCAGCACCUUCACCACGCUGCCUUUCACCACCUUGAUGCCCGAGGGCAUGUGCGACCGUGCGAUGGAUCUGGCCUUCUUACUGGAUGGUUCAGAAGCUCUGAAUGAGGAGGAGUUCCAGGCCACCAAGGACUUCAUACUCGGGGUGGUUGAACGUUUCCGUAUGGGCUCGGCUCACACCAGAGCCACGGUGCUGCUCUACCACUCUGGAGUUAAAACAUAUGACCUGCAGGUUCAGAAGUGGCUGUUUAAGAAGACCGUGCGGGAUCUUCAUUACACAGGCGGAGACGCAGCCUUCUUGGACGAAGCUGUCAAGUACCUUGCCAUCAACAUCUACGACAAGAACAAGCGCGAGCACGCCGGUCGCGUAGCCAUUAUCCUGACGGCCAGUGGCAACCCUCGUCCCGUGCGUGCCAUCGUGAAGAUGCUCCGUAAGAAGGCCAUCACCACCUUGACCGUGGCACUCGGUCCCGGGGUCAACAUGGGGCAGAUCAAUGACAUCACCAAGGCCAACCCAGAUAACAGGGCCUACGUGCUGAGCAGCACGGGUGAGCUGCCCGAUCGCCUGUUGGAGGUAACAGAUUACCUUUGCACCUUGGGGAUGGAGCCUGAGGUGCCGAAACCGCCGGGACCGAAACCUACGCCGGGGAAAGCCCGCCAGGUCUCUCCCACCACCUCUCCAGCACCUUAUACACAACCAGAAACAACACAACGCCUACCCAACACUCCUGCGCCCACUCCGCCCUCUGGCCUUUCUCCUGUCACCACGAUACCGCCGUACCACCCUCCGGCCACGGACGUGACCUUCAUCAUAGAAGGCUCUGACGCCGUCGGCGAGGCCAACUUUAACCAGUCUCUCGUCUUCCUGGAGGAAGUCAUCUCGCAGCUGACGGAAGAGGAGGAGUUCAUCCGCGUCACAGUGAUCCAGUACUCUGUGACGGUCACCGUGGAGAUCAGCCGCUGGGAGCUGAGGCAGCAGAGGGCCCACCUGCUGCAUCGUCUGCGAGAGAUUCGCUGGAGAGGGGGGAGCAAGACAAACACCGGGACGGCUGUCACCACGGCUCUCCAAGAAAUGGCCACAAUCCAUCCCCCCCGUGGCCCCGCCCCUCCUCAGCUCGUUUUCCUCGUCACCGAAAAUCCCCCUACGGACAUCGUGACGCGCCCGCCAACCACGAGCACGCAAACACGCGUGUAUCCCAUCGGUGUAGGGCCGAGAGUGCAUGAAACAGACCUGGUCCAGUUCAGCCACCCCGAGCGUCCGCUGAUGGUGGAGGACUACGACCGUCUGACCACCUUGGUCCACCGUGUGGUCAACAUCACGCAGACCACAGUUAGACCCCGCUUUCCCACGCUGCCACCCCUCAUCGUCCCAACUCACUCCACCCUGCCGCUGACAGUGCCCUGCAAGAAGCCCGUCGAUGUGAUGUUCCUGCUGAAGGCCGGAGAGCAGUUCGAGGACAUGAAGACGUUUUUAAAGACCUUCAUUAGUAAUGCUGAUAUAGGACCGUCUGGCACUCAGGUGAGCUUGAUUCAGUACGGAGACGUAAACACUGCUGAGUUCACGUGGAACGAUCAUCAAAGCAAGUCAGACCUUCUGAGGCGAGUGGAGGGCAUCCCGAGCAGGACCACGGCAGCUUCUGCUUUAGGCUCGGCCGUAAGAUUCGCUGUGCAGACCUCCAUCCUUCCUUCCUCUGUCAGCGGUGGGAGAGUGGGUGUCCCCAAGGUAGUGGUGAUGGUGGUGACAGAGAAAUCCACCGACGACGUUAAAGAGGCAGCCGCUGAAGCCCUGGCAGCGGGCGUGUCGGUGUUCCCCAUUGGCGUUGGGCCGAACUACGACGCCAAUGAGCUGAGCGCGCUAGGUCACCACGGCAACCAGGACAAUACUCUGCAUCUGAACAACAUGGACCAGUUACGAAUGUUUUUAACCCUGGACAACAGCUACACGGAGAGAAUCUGCAGAGCCGGUCCACCAGGAGUGUGUGUCGACGAUGACGGAAAGGAGAGAAAGCCUGGCGAAUCGUGGAUGCUGGACGAUGGCUGCCACUCUCUCUUGUGCCACCCCAGCGGAGCGGUGACGGUCCAGAAUCACAAAGUCAGCUGCGACAGACUGGAGCCGCCAGCAUGCAGGAACAACAUGCCCCCUGCCAGAGUGGAGGAGGCCUGCGGCUGCCGCUGGGAAUGCCCCUGCAUGUGCAUGGGCAGCUCCACCAACCACGUGGUGAGGUUCGACGGGCUGGCUCUGAGACUGGAUGGAGAGGGGCUGUGCUCCUACACGCUCCUCACGGUCAGCAAAGGCAGCGGCGAAGGCUCUGAGGUCAAACUCCACACCGGACCUUGUCAAGACUCAGCAAAAUACAGCCAGAUCUGCAUGAAGGCCAUGGAGGUGACCCACGGAGCGGACACGCUGAUGCUGAAGGAUGAUGUUACGGCCAUGAUUGGUCGAGAAGAGCUCGCCUUGCCGUGGCGACAUGCUGGUCUAGAGGUGGUGCGCUACGGAGGAGUGAUGCUCCAGUUGAAAUCAGAUCAAGGCUACGUUUUGACUUUUACCCCUCAGAGCAAUGAGUUUACCAUCACGUUGCUCAGCUCGGAGGCCAGUGGGGACACUGCGGGACUCUGCGGUGCAUGUGAGGAGGCGAAGGUUAAUGUCCUGUCUUUGCGUAACGGCAACACAACCACCAGCCAGCCGGCCUUCGUCUCAGACUGGACUGUAGCCGCAGACGGCGGUGUGUGUUUGCCCAAACGGAAGGCGGUGUGCGUGUCCGGAGUGGCGAUGGGAUGUCAAGCCCUACGUUCUGAGGUGUUUGAGAAAUGUCACGCCCACAUUGCCGUUCAGGUUUUCCUCGUCAGGUGCGAGGAGCAGGCGUGCGACGAGUCAGACGUGUGCGAGCUGAUCUCGGCCUACGCGCGCCUCUGUAGACAAAGCGGCGUGUGCGUGGAUUGGAGGAGCCCCCAUCUCUGCCCCAUGCAGUGUCCAGAUUCCAUGGAGUACGACGCGUGUCGGACGGGCUGCGUGGAGGACUGUGGGAGCAUACAGUCGCUGGGAGGCGACCCGUCCGUGACCGGGCGCAACGGGUCAUCGUGUAUGGAGACACCCACGGAAGGCUGUUUCUGCUCCGGAGGGAAGGUUUUGCAUCACGGAAAGUGCGUCUCCCCGGAAUCAUGUGGACAGUGCGUGGAUCGUCAAGGACACACGUAUGCGUAUAUGCAGAGUUGGGUACCGGAGGAAAAUCCGUGUUUGAUCUGUAUGUGUUUGGACCAACAACGCAUCAACUGCACUGCCAGACCAUGCAAUGACGUCAAAGCUCCAGUGUGUGGACCCUGUGAGAUCCUGCAGGAGAAGAAAGGAUCCAAGUGCUGCCCAGAGUAUGAGUGUGUGUGUGAUCUGGUGAGCUGUGAUCCGCCUGAUGUCCCCCGCUGUGAGGACGGUCAAAGCGUGGUGCUGAAAAACCCCGGUGAAUGCCAGCCUGUUCAUGAGUGCGUGUGCAAAAAGGAAGCGUGCUCCCAACAAGCUCCCCCUAACUGUCCGGCCCAUCGCCAGCUGUCUGUGAAAAAGACAGAGUGCUGCGAUUCCUUCGAAUGUACGUGUAGCUGCCAGAACUCCACCCAGGCCUGCCCCGCCGGCUUCGUCACGUCCUUCCUGACCAACGACUGCGGCUGCACAGAAGCCCACUGCCUGCCUGAUAAGGUGUGUUUGGUCGGAGGAGCGGCUCACCCAGUGGGCAGCGAGUGGGAGGAAGGCUGCGAGAAGUGUCGAUGCACAGAGCUGCAGGACAGAGACACCUCGCUCCAUGUGGCCCAGUGCAGCCCACCUGUGUGCGAUCGCAACUGUCCUCUGGGUUCAACGUACACUCAGAGGAAAGGAAGUUGCUGUGGAGAAUGUACACCAAGCAGCUGUUUGGACACUGAGGUAAAGAUGCGAGGGGAUAUGCUCACUGGAAGAAAGCUCAGAUCGGUGGGUGAGAGGUGGACGUCCGCACACGACAAAUGCAUCGAACAUGAGUGUAAGAAAGUGAAAGACGAGGUGUUCAUCUCCACGACAAACGUCAGCUGUGACAGCAUCGAGACUCCAACCUGCCCGCUGGGAAGUGAGCUUCGCUGUGACACUCAGGACUGCUGCCCCCACUGCCACUGUGCGCCAUUGGAUGUCUGCGUCCUCAAUCACACCGUGAUAGGGGCAGGCGAGAGGAUGAUGAUGGAUGCGUGCACACACUGCGAAUGCACAGUGGAGGACGGAGCAGUGAAGAAAUACAAAUUAUCGUGCAAGCGAACCAGCUGUCCGUCUUGCCCAAGGGGAUACACAAUGCAGAAGGAGGGAGACGGUUGCUGUGGUCGCUGUGUUGCCACUGCCUGCUUCAUUCAGCAGCCAGACGGGAAACUCACCAGCGUGCAAGUCAACUCAACCCUUAAAGAUGGCUGUAACUUGUAUACUUGUGGCAUGAACAGCGGGGGAGAUCUAGUCCUGGAGACCAAAAUGACCACCUGCCCUCCUUUUGACCGCCAAGCCUGCCUGGCUCAAGGGGGCAAAGUCAGCCAAAUUGGACAAACCUGCUGUGAGACGUGUACUGAGCCGGAGUGCCGACGGACGGCGGGAACGCUCAACUACGUCAAAGUGGAUGACUGCCAGUCAGAGCAACAGAUUGAGCUGCACUACUGUGAGGGCAAAUGUCGCAGCAAAUCUAUGUAUUCGCUGCAGAGCGCUGCUGUAGAGCAGGAGUGCGUGUGCUGCGCCGCCAUGAAGACAGAACCUCUCAGCGUGCCUGUCCUGUGUGCCAAUGGCACACGCAGCCACCACACCGUCCUGUCUGUCACUGCGUGCGACUGCACAGCCAAACACUGCAACUAGAGGGACACAAUAACGGUUUUCUAAAUGUAGAUGCUUUGUGUGUAACCAAGCAACAUGUAGCCAUCCAGCCUCACGGAUACCAAUAAAACAAACCUUACAGUUUCUGCAAUUUGA